UUUAGUGGAUCUACCUCACCUGGUGAUUUAUGUCGUCAUUUUAAUGAAUGCGGGAAAAUAAAACAAGUUUCUAUUUAUGAUGGCUAUAGAGGACGAUCUGCAACCAUGGAUUUUGUUAAUUCUAAUUCGGUCGAACAAGCGUUGAGAAAGAACAACACUAUGUUGAGUAAUACUCGAAUUCAG